UGUUGUUUGUUUAUUUGCUUUUUCGUCUGUAAGUUUUCCUUCCCUAUUUCACUCACAACUCUAUUAUUAUUAUCUAUCCUCCGAAUUGAACCGAACCGAACCCUCCUCCUCCUCCUCCUCCACUCUCUCGAUGGCUUCGACCAGUGCUUUAUCCUCCUCGCGCCUUUCCAGCUUUCACCGACUCACCGACCAUCACUCUUUCCGUGAAGUGAGCUCAUAUCCAGGCAGUCCAAUAGUAUCCUGGCCUGGUAUUAAGACUGCGAGGACGGCCCGAUCAUCCCGUGUUUAUGGCUUAUUUGGAGGGAAAAAGGAUAACAAUGAAAAGGGUGAUGAUAAGGCUGGAAUAUUCGGUAAUAUGCAAAAUCUGUAUGAAACAGUUAAGAAAGCCCAAAAUGUAGUACAAGUUGAAGCAGUGCGUGUGCAGAAAGAGCUUGCUGCGGCCGAGUUUGAUGGUUACUGUGAAGGUGAGAUAAUAAAGGUAACGCUUUCUGGUAACCAGCAGCCAGUACGCACAGAGAUAACCGAGGCUGCUAUGGAACUAGGAGCCGAAAAAGUCUCUCUUUUGGUUACUGAAGCAUACAAAGACGCACACCAGAAGAGUGUCGUGGCCAUGAAGGAGAGAAUGAGUAACCUUGCUCAGAGUUUAGGAAUGCCACCAGGCCUUGGCGAACUGAAGUGAUAUCAAGUGAACAUGUGGCAUUUGUAUAAUGGUCCAUUUGUUAGUCGUUUUUGUAGUCUCUGAGUUGGGAAUUCAAGGAAAAAGAU